AUGGUUGGUAAUCGCUUACAUAAGAAUUGUCAUGUGGAACUCUAUUUCUGCUCGAUUCACAUUCGUCGAGCACUGAUGUCACCUUGA